AUGGCGAGCGCCAUGGAUGCGUUCCAGGGAAUGCAAAGGAAACUUCAAGAGGAAUCUCGCACGUACGAGAGUCUGGCGCAAGAGAUGAACGCGAACGUGAUCGCGCGUCAGCAAGCGCAGCAACAGCUGAGCGAGAACGAGAUGGUGCUCAAGGAGCUGGAGUUGUUGGAGGACGAGGCGAAGGUGUACAAGCUCGUCGGGCCGGUGUUGAUGAAGCAGGACCUCGUCGAGGCGCGAGGGAACGUGGAGAAGCGAUUGGAUUACAUCAGGGCGGAGAAUGAACGGUUAGAAAAGGCGGCGAAGGCGAUGCAGAAGAAGCAAACGGAAAAACAAGAGGGAAUUAUCGCGCUGCAACAGCAGAUGAUGAAACUCGCCAAUCCGAGCGGCGGCGAGAGCGCGUGA